AUGCCCGUCUCUUCCCCUUAUCCGCCCGUCGACAUCCCCGACGUCGAUCUCUGGUCGUUCUUGUUUGAGCGCAAAGAUAGGCCUUUCCCCGAUGACAAGAUCCUCUAUCAAGAUGCCGACACGAAACGCUACUAUACAUAUGCGUCGUUGAAGAAUGCGUCUCUUGAUUUCGGCAAAGGCCUCAAGGCUCUUUACGACUGGCGCAAGGGCGAUGUUCUGGCCCUGUUCACUCCGAACAGCAUUGACACCCCGGUGGUGAUGUGGGGUACUCUCUGGGCAGGCGGUAUCAUCUCACCGGCCAACCCAGCAUACACGGUUGACGAACUUGCCUUUCAAUUAAAGAAUUCAGGAGCAAAAGCCCUCGCGACGCAAGUAUCAGCUUUGACAGUGGCUACGGCUGCGGCGCAAAAGGUCGGUAUUCCAGAGGAUCGGAUCAUCCUGUUGGAUGACGAGCGAGACCCAAAUGCCCGAGUCAAGCACUUCACAUCCGUCCGAAACAUCUCCGGUGCCACUCGGUUCCGUCGGCAGAAGAUCAAAGCAGACACAGAUCUGGCGUUCUUGGUCUACUCUUCAGGGACUACCGGUGUGCCAAAGGGCGUCAUGCUGUCACAUCGCAAUAUCGUUGCCAAUGUAUUGCAGCAAGCCGUUGCUGAGGGAGGUCAUCUGAGCUGGAAUGGAGGGCCAGAUGGCAAAGGCGAUCGUCUCUUAGCGUUUCUCCCAUUUUAUCACAUCUACGGUCUCACGUGUCUCCUCACUCAAGCCUUGUACAAGGGUUAUCACUUGAUUGUGAUGAAGAAAUUCGAGAUUGAGAAAUGGUGUUCUCAUGUCCAGGAUUUCAAGGUCACUUUCAGCUAUAUCGUCCCUCCGGUCGUUCUUCAAUUGGGCAAACACCCUGCCAUCGACAAGUACGACCUGUCCAGUAUACGCAUGAUGAACUCGGGUGCUGCACCACUCACCCAGGAGCUGGUGGAGAACGUGUACAAGCGCAUCAAGGUCGGAAUCAAGCAGGGUUACGGGCUGAGCGAGACCAGCCCCACCACGCACUCCCAGCGAUGGGAGGAUUGGCAUGACCACAUUGGCUCCGUGGGAUGCCUGAUGCCAAACAUGGAGGCCAAGUACAUGACGAUGCCCGAGGAUGGGUCCGAGCCCCGUGAAGUUGCCGUGGGAGAAGUGGGCGAAUUGUCGGUGCGCGGUCCCAAUGUCUUCUUGGGUUACCACCAGAAUCCCGCCGCCACGCGGGAGUGUCUGUCCGAGGAUGGCUGGUUCCGCACGGGCGAUGUCGGUUACCAAGACGCCAAAGGCAACUUCUUCAUCACCGACCGGGUCAAGGAGCUCAUCAAGUACAAGGGUUUCCAGGUGCCACCCGCGGAGCUGGAAGGUAUUCUGGUCGACAAUGAGGGGAUUGACGACGUUGCCGUCAUCGGCAUCGAAAGUGAGGCCCACGGGUCCGAAGUGCCCUUGGCCUGCGUGGUCCGAAGUGCAAAGAGCAAGACCUCUGGUGUGAGCGAGGCCGAUGAGGCGGCCAGCAUUGUGAAAUGGCUCGACAGCAAGGUUGCGCCUCACAAGCGUCUCCGUGGUGGUGUCCGCUUCGUGGACUCUAUUCCCAAGAACCCCAGUGGAAAGAUCCUGCGUCGCCUACUCAAGCAACAAUUCAAGGACGCGGGCAAGGGUCCCCGGGCGAAGCUCUAG